GGCUGGCAACCAGCGCUGUGUUGUGAUUUAAUGGCUUCUAAAUGCCGAUCAUCUGCGCUACCGCGAACCGUAUGAGAGAGCUGCUAGAUUCUCCUUUAAUCAUACAGAAGUGAUGGUUAACACUGCCCCGGUAGGCUGCGGUGUUAGCCCCGUGGCUGGGAUGUAGUCGACGUUAGCCGGAGCGCCCGGACGGAACCAGCCCCUGUGCUUCUGCGGAGCCGCGUUGCGAACAGCGCCGAUCAGCCGGAUCGAGCUUCCUCUCUGGCAUGCAUCUCUCCAAGAAAUGCUCCGUGUUCAAAGUGGUGCUGAGUGCUCUGCUGAUCGUGGCGCUGCUGCAGCUCAUAUACCUGUCCUUCCUGUCCAGGUUCCACGGGAAGCAGCAGCGCUACCGCUACUCGGAGCUCUUCGGAGGCUCCGCGGCCAAGAAGAAUGCGCACCCCGAGAAAAACACGCGCAAGGAGCGCCUCAGGUACUCGCUGUCCACCGGCGGGAUCUUCGACAACAGCGGCCAGUACAGAGUUUACAAGAACUUGAUUAAGAGUGAUUUCACAACCAAUCAGGUGGCAGGUUCCCACUCCAACUCGGGCAUUCUGACUUUAGCUACUCAUACCACCAUCAACAACCUGCACCACCUGGACUCCCUGCUGGAAAGGUGGCAGAAUCCUCUCUCUGUGGCCAUAUUUGCACACGGGGAAGAUGUGAAAUUCGCCACCGCCCUGGCUUACGCUCUCAGCUUCUUCUGCCCUCAGAUCCAAGCUCUUGUGGACUUCCACUUGAUCUGCCUGUCAGGGGAGACGGCCAGUUUCCCCGAGCAGGACCAGGAGCACUUCGCCGGCCUGGAUGACUGCGCCUCUGUGUUCUCCAGACUGGAAACCCACAGGGAUAAAUACCAAAACUACGCCAUCAGUGGCAACGUCUCCUACCCAAACAACCUGCUCCGUAACGUGGCCCGGGGCGGCGCAGAAUCCUCCUACGUCCUGGUCAUCGACAUAGACAUGAUGCCCAGCGCCGACCUGCACCAGCAGUUCCUCGCCAUGACCCGGAGGCGGCCGCCGGCGAGCGACGAGGUCUUUGUCCUCCCCGCUUUUGAGAUCCGCCACGCCAGGAAGAUUCCCUCGACCAAGGCAGAGCUGGUGCAGCUCUACCAGGUGGGAGAGGUCCGUCCGUUUUACGAGGAGCUGUGUCCGCGCUGCCAGGCUCCCACCAACUACUCCCGGUGGGUCAACAGCCACGUCAGAGAGACGGGAAGCCUGGAGGUGGCUUACACCCUGAACUGGGUGGACCCCUGGGAGCCUUUCUACAUCGGGCCCCCCACUGUCCCCCUGUACGAUGAGAACUUCAAGCAGUACGGCUUCAACCGAAUCAGCCAGGCGUGUGAGCUCCAUGUGGCCGGAUACAGGUUCUCCGUGCUGAGCUCGGCCUUCGUCGUCCACCGGGGCUUCAAGAUCCAGGGGGAGUUCCACGCUAAGAAAGAGGAGGAGAACAAACAGAACCGGGUUUUGUUUCGCAGCUUCAAAGAGGGUCUGAAAACCAAAUACCCGUCCUCUACCCGACGAUGCUGAGAGGGGAAAAAAGACGAGGACUGAGGUUUUCUUUAAGGCCGUUCCCGGCAAACUUUAAAAAGUCAUAAGUGGUGUUGCUUUUUUUUUUUUAGAUUGUUCUUCUAAUCCCACAGUUGGCGAGGAAUGCGCAUCCAUGAGUCCCAAUUUUAUAACGUUUUGGUUCAAAUGCGUCGUCAUGAGGUUCGGUUGCAUUUGAUAAGCUAAUAUUUAAGCAUAUGAGGUAGUGUGUGUGUUUACUUUAUACGUUAUGUACAAGACCAGAUACAAAAAACAGAAAAGACAUUCUGAGAAUGCACGACUGUCCUGAUACAUUCAGACUACCGUUUCCAUUUUGAUUAAAAGGUUGCCUUAAAUCACAGCUGAAGCAACAUUUCUAGUCAAACAUCCACCUUCGAAGCCACGGGUCUAACAGUUCAUUUAGGAAAAGCCAGAGCCACAACUAGGCAGGGGCUGGUAUAAAAACCUCACAGUAUGCUAACCCGUCGUCCAAAUCCGGUGUUAAAUAUUUAAAGCGAUUAUCAAAAAUGCUUGAUAGUACUUGUUGCUGGCAAGGGUGGAAAAACCAAUCAGGUUCAGAAAUCAAUGUCUUAAAGGUUUGUUUGGAUAAUAAAUACAUAUCAUUAAAACCUGCAUUUUUGACUUUACUCAGGUUAUCUUGGUAUGCGAUUAAAAGUUAUUGGAGAAUCUUAAGCAUUUAAGAAUGAUAAAUAAGAGACAAGAAGCUGUUUCAUUUGAACCCUACAAACUACAUUAUUGCUCUAAUCUGUUAGAAAAUGUUGAUUUAUGUAAAAGAGUCCCCCCCAAUAAGGUCUUGGUUUGUUAGGGCUAAGGCACAGGGCAAAACAGUGAUGGAAAAAAAAGGAUAUUUCCUGUCUAAACAAGAAUAUUUGAAAGGCAUAAAAUAUUUAUGUAGGACAUCCUCUCAAGUGUGGUACAAAUCUACAGAUCCAGUCAUCAGUUUUCUUUGAGACUGAACUUAAGUUAUUCUGUCAGUAACGUACUCUGACCACCAGAGGGCAGUAGUCCCUUCAUUCUCUACUGCAUACUGAUUAUAGAGAGAGUAGGACAUAUACUUGUACACACAGCAGGGUGUUUAGUACAAAGAAGCAUGAUCGUUUACUCCUCAUCGAUCUCAAACGUGUACACCACCCUGUGAGGAGUUGUUCUCCAUUUACAGACUGAAAUGAUUUUUGUUUAUUUUAGAAUAAGCACUGGAAACUUUACAAGUUACACAACACUGGCAUUGUACAAAAACUUUAAAACUGCUGUAUUCUAUCACUAAAGAUCAGAAACUGUUUAUUUUUUCAACCCUAGGAAAUGUGCUGUGUGUAUGAAAAUGAUGCAUUUUCAAAGCGUAAACCAGGAAAAAACCAACAUGCUGUUAUGCCGUAGCAGUACGAUCAGAGUAUUAGACAAGCCUCUAUUUUUACACAGCAGUGUAUGCAUAAAGGUACAGUUUGAUUACUGAUAAUGUCAAAAAUGUCCUGUAAUACCUACAAUCCUUUUCUAAUGACUUUUUUUUUUCUCCCUCUCUUACUUGUAGUGCAUUUGGUAUAUUUAUUGUGACCUUUUGCUAAAAAGAAAAAAAUGGUUUGAACCCUUUUUUUUUAACCCAAAGCAAGCACACUGUAGCAUGAACUUGUGUUAGAUUUAGAUUUUUAUUCUUACCUUUUUAGAAAAUGAUUUAUCCUUUUUUUUUCCCCUAAAUGGAAUAAAUAUGAAAACAUUACCUACCGUGGUCAUGUAAUGUGUAGGUGUUUUUGUUGUUGUUUUUUUAAAUCACUUAUUUAAAAAAAUAUUUAUUUUUUGCUUGUUUUACUUUAUCAGAAAAA